AUGGCGUCGAAUUCGGAUCUGGGAUCGGAGGAAUUCGAAACCUUCUCCUCGACAUCGGACGUCGAGCUCUUGAAGAGGGCGUGGCGUAACGAGAAGGCGGCGCCUGAGAUUCUUCAGUACGAAGGCGCUCUUGUCGAAAGAGCCAAAGGCCAGAUCGAAUUGGUGGAAGCAAAUAUUGAAGAUUAUGUGGAAGAUGGCACGGACCCUCUGAUUGUGUCACUUUAUCAGAUGGAUUUGGAUAGAACCCAGUUUCUACUGAGAUCAUAUCUUAGAGUUAGGCUUCUCAAGAUAGAGAAGUUCAUGUUCCACAACCUAAAGUCAGAAGAAGCUGAAAGCCGGCUUUCUGAGCAAGAGAAGGUGUUUGCUAAGAGGUGUGCUGAUGAUUUGGCAAAGCAUUUCGAAGAGAGUGUACUCCUUAAGUUGCCAGAGAACUAUCAGUCUGUUCUCAAGCAAUCCCUUAUAAGUGAAACCGAUGACAUGGUGCCGGAGCCGCAUUUGGAUACCUUUGUUGUUUGUAAAAGCAACGACUUUGUCUCCCUCAAUCUAUACGAAGAAGGAGAGAGUCCUGAAACUGUGGAGAUGGAGCGUGGUGAUCUCUACUUCAUACGUUACAAGAUUGUUAAAGGAGCAAUUGAAUCUGGGAAAAUUGACUUGAUCUGA